AAAAGAAUCCCGAGGAGGCCCAAGAAACCAAACCAGACUCAACUGUCCUAUACAAUCUAAAUAAACCCAAAUAAAGAACCAAACAAGUCCAAAUCAGCCCAUAGUUUUGUUCCAAAUCAGCCCAUAUGAAAGUGCCGACCCUACCCAGCCAAAACCUCGCAAAGCCCCGAUGCUCCGUCGCAUCGCCGCGCUCCGUUCGCCGCCGCCCCCGCGGACGGCAGCGCCCGUGGGUGAGGCCGGCGCCAGUUACUCCUCCAAGUCCACCUCCCUUCCCCUGAAGCAAAAGAGGGUCCGCGACCACGCCUUCGAUGGCAUCAUGGAGGUCCAGAAGCGCGUCCGCCGCUUCCUCGCGCUCCAUGCUCUGCUCCUCUACGCCGCCUCCCCCACCGCGCCCUCGGGCGCCUUCUCCUCAGGGGCAAGCGGCGCGGUGUCCGUGCCCUUCUCCCGCCUCGGAGCCCUCUCGCGCCGCCAGCUCCGCCUCGCGCCCCUCGACGCCGGCCACUUCAUGCUGCGCCACCCGCACGCCUUCCAUCUCUUCCUCCACCCCGUCCACCGCAUCCUCCACGCCCGUCUCACCCCUCGCGCUGACGCGGCACUGCGCCUCGAGGCCGAUGCCAUCACCUCCUUGCGCCCUGCAGCCAUCCUCCGCCUUCGCAAGCUGCUGCUCCUUGCGCCCCCGCACCACCGCCUCCGCCUCGAGCACAUCCGCCUCCUCCGCCGCGACUUUGGCCUCCCCGACGACUUCGCUGACUCCAUCAUCCUAUCCAACCCCACCCUUUUCUGCCUCACCCCUGACCAGUUCGUCGAGUUUGUGCCCUCCCCCACCGACCCACCCGACCUCACUGUCGCCGCCGUCGAGCGAUCCCGGGAGCGACACUAUCGCGAGCACCGCGCUCCUGGCGCUGGCGAGGAGGACGCGCGCUUUGCGUUCCCCACCCGAUUUCCCCCGGGCUUUAAGAUCGGCAAGUAUUUCCGUAUUGCUGUUUGGAAAUGGCAGCGCCUCCCCUACGCGUCCCCGUACGCGGAUGUCUCAGGCCACGACCUGCGCCCGCUUGAGGCAAAACGCCGCAUGGAGAAGCGCGCUGUGGCUGCUGUCCAUGAACUGCUCUCUCUAACUGUUGAGAAGCGCACCACUCUGGAGCGUCUCGCACUCUUCCGCGACGCCCUUGGUGUGCCCAAGAAGAUUAAGGAGUUCUUGCUUAAGUACCAGGGCAUAUUUUACAUAUCCACAAGGGGAAACCAGGGGAAGCUGCACACCGUGUUUCUCCGGGAGGCAUACUACAAAGGGGAGCUCGUUGAGACCAAUGAGAUAUCUGCUGCAAGGCGGAAGCUGGAGGAGUUGCUCUUGAUGAGCCGAGAGAAGGCGAAUUUGGAUAGGAUGUUCACCAGCAUGGGUCGUGGAUGGGAUGAGCUUGGUGGCGGUCGUCGUGGAGGAGCAGAAUUAAGGGAAAAGUUUCUUGGGGAUGCAAGUGGCCGAAAACGGAAAAUUGGUGCUGAAGAUGACGAUGAUGGUGCCAAUAGUGGGGAGGACUCAGGAGUCGAGUCGCUCUACAUCAAAUGAGGAAUGAGGAACACGAUCAUAUGAUGGUGCUGGAUGUCAUCUUGGGAAGGUUGGCUUCUGAAACUGGCAUGGGCACCGUUUGGGUAGAUUGACUUCUCAUGCCAGAGUCAACAUCAUGGCAUAGUGAUCUUGAUUGAUGAGAGAAUGCUACAUUGUGAUGUCAAAAUUGGAGUGAGGAAUCUCGCGGUGAAACUGUUGAAACUGUGAAAUAUGAAUUGCAAAGUGAUGACCUUUGCUACCAUUCAUCUGCACCAAACUGGCUGAUGGCAUCUUUUGCACUCCACUAUGUGAAGCUACGAUGGAACAAAGACAUAGGCAUAACAACUUCUUUCUGCUCCCAAGCUAAUUUGAUCAGUGUGUUUUGACUUGUAACUUGUAAGUACUCUAACACAAGGAGUGGAUUUCUUUUAUUCAUUUGGCCCAUGGAAAACCAUUUGUGUUUACGAAUUCUAUCACCAUAUCAACAUUCUGUUAGUUAGUUUUAUUAUCUUUUGACCUAUUGCAACCAAACAAUUGAAACGUAAUAGGUUAUAAGACCUGCAAAUAAACUUGUUGUUUGCAUCCUUUUUUUUAGUGUGGACAAGUAAAACAACUUAUUUGAGAUAAAUAAUGAAGAAUAUGCGCAUGGAUUGUAACAAGGAUGAAGGUGUUUCAAUGUUUCAUUGCAGAGUGAAAGGCACCAUUAGUUAUUUAUCUUUUGUUGACAGUUCAACUUAGUCCUCGAUAUAUGGUCCUCGAACUCUAGAAGUACCCAUCUGGCAGAAUGUGGGUCCCACCCGGCAGAUAUGUGCCACAUCAACACAAUAUGUAGGGUACUGAAUAUAGGGCCGUAUAGGAGCUGUAUUUGCAAGUUUAGUGAUCCAGAAGGGAAUUUUCCGAGUUCGAGGACUACAUUGAACUGUCAACACAAGUUAGAUGACUAAUGGAGCAUUUCACUCUUUGUUGCUAAAUUGAACCUUGGUAAAUGAUACUCCAUAUUGAACUAAUUGUUUUAACAUGGAAUUUAAUCCCAAUAAUAUUUUGGCGCCUUGUUAUUACUGAGGUUUCAGGACUACAUUGAACUGUCAACACAAGUUAGAUGACUAAUGGAGCAUUUCACUCUUUGUUGCUAAAUUGAACCUUGGUAAAUGAUACUCCAUAUUGAACUAAUUGUUUUAACAUGGAAUUUAAUCCCAAUAAUAUUUUGGCGCCUUGUUAUUACUGAGGUUUCAGGUGACAUUGAUCUAAGGGCAAAGUAAGAUUGGCUACAAAUAAUCUUGUAAAUUUAAACAAUCCAUUUCAAGGAUAGCUAUUGUGUACAUGUUUUCCCCAAUAACCAUAUUAUCCUAUUAAGGUGACUCUUUACUUUACUCCUUGGAUACUUUCAUGUGCGUACUUAGGACCUGUCUCUGCAUGAGCGACAGGGCUGGAAUUUAGUUUAAGCCAUAAUGGUUACCCAAGAUACUUAGUCACUGAACAUUAGUGCAUUCUGAUAGGUUUAUUUGGCUCACAAUGUUUAUGAACUGUCUAGAAAUCUUGCUGUUUGUUCAAGUCCGUGGGGAUAGCUGACUCUAGAAUAGGACCUACGCCCCCGAGCUGGUUGAGGUAAGGAAGAACUCUUCUCUUGGUGAUUAAUAUAGCUCACUAGCUACUUAUUUGAGAUGGAUUUUCUCUUUCUGUCUAAUGAGCAAUCAUACAGGAUUCCGUUAGUUGCAUAUGCAACGAUAUUUUGCCUGUAGUUUGUAGCUUCAGACUUGUCAAAAAGCAGCAUUUGGCUGCCAUAGGAGUGUUUCUGUUGAGCCUAAUCAACUUGACUGUUCUCUCAGACAUUGCUCAACUUCUGAAUAUCUACAAUCCAUUGACCAACAAAAAUGAUUGUUUUAGUUUCCUAUUUAGCAGAGAGCAAAACAACAAAUGUUUACAUAUGUAUGGGACGUCGUAUGUUUUCGAUGUUGUUGCAACAAACCAAGAUGGUAACAGAUUGAAAGAACACUCAACAGAUAUCGCGAAAGGCACUGUUGAAAAUAGUGAACAAGCAGUACAUGAUGAGUUCUUCAUUCAGUCUAGAACAUACUGAUGAAUGUUCCUGUAGCGCUGUGGCUGGCCUUAUAUUCGGCCCUGGGCUGCCAUGUCUUGUGUUAUCACUGUCGUGCCUCCGCACUAUACACUGAAGUACUGAACAUAUGAAUGUGGUGAACUGAACUGGCCCUGUCUAGGAUUUGUUCGUCUCAAAAACAUUUGAAGACUAUGAAGUACAGCUUACACAUUAUUGCAGAGUCACUAGUUGAUGCAUGAUGUAACGUACAGUUAUAGUGUCUGACAUUGUCUGCAAAGUUCUGUCAUCUUUUGUUUUCUCUUCGCUGCCAAGCUGACGUUUUAAUUGCAUAAAUGACAACCUUUUAUUUUGAAUAAAAAAAUUGUAUUGGGUAUACUUCCAAAGUUUUUCUACUGUUUUUUAAGUAUGAAGCAUGUCCCAAUUUUAUUACAGUUUUUAAUGCAAACUCUAAACUGGCCAGCUACCAGCUUGUGACUUCGAUUUUCUGUUCUUCCUUCCAAAUAGUAAAAUUUUGAUCCUCUAUCAAUACUAAUAUUGUCUUGCAUAUAUCAGCAGACAGUGCUUGUCAUUUUUCAUUCGGCCUUCUCGUGUGAUGAAACUCAUUAAUUCUUUUCUGCCCUUUAUGAAAAUAUUUUUGUUUGCUAGUGUUGUCAGAUGCUUAUAGUUAAUGAUCUAUUUCUUUAUCAUGUACCGAUGACAGCAUGGGGUUCAAGGAUACCUCAUUGUACAUCAAUGUUAAUCAAGCUCAAACCACAUUUAUAUGAUGUGAAAGUGCAGCAGAAGAUUGAAAUGUUCAAGGUGGGUCGCCUUGCGUGCUAUCCAACUGACAAGGGCCACUCUCAUCAGUCCAAUCCCUUGACAAUUAGGAUUCCAAUCGACUUCUCUAACUUUGCUUCCAGUUAUGGACAUCUCUUUUGCCCUGUAUUUCUCAUCACUGUUCUCUUAUUUCUUCUGUUUGGAAAAAAAAACACUUAAUUUGGCUUAGCGAUUAUGUGCCAAAGCCAUAUCCCCUGGUAUUUAAUUGUCUUUCUUAAACAUUAUGCAGUGUAUGUCUGGAAUUGAGCUAACUACUCCACAGCAACGAGAGGUUUUUGGUUGUUAGGUGUGGGGAUAUCUUCCUAUAUGUUGCCUAUGUUAGCUUGAUUCUUUUGGCCUGCAGGUAGGUUUGCCUUGUACGGUCGAAAUUAAUUGUCAUCUGUUGAGCUUUAAUUAGGUGGGUUGGGCUGAUCUAAUGCCGUGUUUGGCUUGAGGUAAUCUAUCAUUGGAGGUUAUUAAUUGAUAUUAGGUGUAUCACUUGGUCUCCUGACUGUUACAGUUCAUCUCACUUGGGGUCGCAUUUUCUUGUGAAAUGAAUGCAGGUGCUUGUGGCGUGGACUGUGGAAGCCCUGAUCCGGUUGGACUUGGAAGAGACCGACUUUUGUAAUGACUUGGAAGCCCUGAUCCGGUUGGACUUGGAAGCCCUGUUCCAAUGUGAAGGCCAGUGAUGUGAAACGACUCACACGGACGAAUAAUAUCGUUAACAAAACUCAAGAAUGGCGGCGCCGGCUCUGAGCCACUGAAUACAAACAUGGAAGAUCCAAACAGAUGACGGUGCUCUAAAACUUGUAGCUGGUAACCCAGCAAAGACCUGUUUGCUUUCUAUAAAAAGCAGGGCGAAAGCUUUUUUCUCUAGAAAAAACAGAUGAUGGUCUAAUCAAAAAAAGGUUCAUCUGUUCUGAA